AUGUUCUAUGUUAAAUCUCACCUUGUCUGCCUGCCUCUUUUCAUUUCCUGUCUUUUCAGCUGUCAAGAAAUGGAGACCCCUUCUGACUUCAAGAUGCCUGGGGAUCACAUCAUUGCAGGAUUGUUCCCCAUCCACUCUGUCUUAGAAGACAGAGACAAACCCGAGGUGACCUUGUGUGAGAGGUCCAAGACCUUCAAUGGCCAUGGCUACCACCUUUUCCAGGCCAUGAGGUACUCCAUAGAGGAGAUCAACAACUCCAGCUCUCUGCUUCCCAAUAUCACUCUGGGCUACGAACUCUAUGACAUAUGUUCGAAGUCUGCCAAUUCGUAUGCCACCCUGAGCAUUCUCUCCCAGCCCAGAAGCAAUCUUAUCAAGAUUCCUGAAAACUUCAUCAGCUAUUCCCCCAAGGUAGUGGCGGUGAUUGGGCCAAGCAGCUCUGAGCUGACCACCAUGUCUGCAUCUCUACUGAGCACAUUCUUGAUCCCCCAGAUCAGCUACGGGGCAACCAGCAGCACAUUAAGUGAGAAGAGGGAGUACCCCUCAUUCCUGCGCACGAUCCCAAGUGACGUGUACCAGGUUCAGACGAUUGUGAUGCUGCUGAAGGAGUUUGGGUGGUCUUGGAUCUCCAUGAUUGGCAGUGACAAUGAGUACGGUUUGCAGGGAGUUCAGAUGCUGGAGGACUUGGUCACUGAACAGGAAAUCUGUAUCGCCCAUAAGGAUUUUGUGCCCAUUUCAGCCCAAGCUGAUGACAGCAUAAUGCAGAAUAUGGUGCUGUCGCUCACAAAGUUGGGAGCCAAGGUGGUGAUUGUCUUCUGUACUAGAAAUCAAGCCCGUGUCUUCUUUAAGGCAGUGGUGCUGGGGAAUGUGACUGAUAAAGUGUGGCUAGCCACAGAAGACUGGUCCAUCUCCAGUUACAUCACACAGGUGUCUGGCAUUUCAGGGAUUGGGACAGUGAUUGGGGUAGCUAUCCCACAGAGACACAUCCUUGGAUUAAAGGAGUUUGAAGAGGCUUACAUCCAGGCUAAGAAGACCUCAGAGCCAUCAACUGAUCCUGCCCAGGAUGGAGAUGAUCAGAUCUGCAAUCAGCACCUGUUUCUUACAACAGAUAUGAAUACUGAGCUGAGUGCAUUUUCCAUGAAUUCAGCCUACAAUGUGUAUGCUGCUGUGUAUGCUGUGGCCCACGGGCUGCACCAGCUCCUGGGCUGCUCAUCAGGAGUCUGUACCACAGGCAAGAUCUAUCCUUGGCAGCUGCUGGAGGAGAUCAAGAAGGUGGAUUUCAUGCUGCUUGGAAACUCUGUGUCCUUUAAUGAAAAUGGAGAUCUGUUCAGUCGAUAUGAUAUUGUUACGUGGGACUGGAAUGGCCCUAACUGGACCUUCAAAGUCAUUGGAGCUUCCACAUGGUUCCCUAUUCACUUGAAAAUAGAUCAGACUAAAAUCCGCUGGUACAAAGGGAAAAAACAGGUGCCUCGGUCAGUGUGCUCAGAGGAGUGUCCAGCAGGAGAGUCACGGAGGAUAGUGGGACCACAGUACUGCUGCUUUGAAUGUGUGCCCUGUCCAGCUGGGACCUUCCUCAACAGCAGUGACCGGUACCGUUGUCAUCCAUGUCAGAAAGAAGAAUGGUCCCCAGAGGGCAGCCACACGUGCUUCAACCGCACCAUUGAGUUCCUCGCCUGGCACCAUCCAGUCUCCUUGGUGCUCAUGGGGGCUAACACACUGCUGCUCCUUUUGGCAGGGGUGACCAGCUUGUUUGCCUGGCACCUGGACACCCCUGUGGUGAGAUCGGCCGGGGGCCACAUGUGCUUCCUCAUGCUGGGCUCCCUGGCGGGAGCUGGCUGUAGCCCCUACUGCUUCCUCGGGGAGCCAACGCCUCUCACCUGCCUGCUGCGGCAGUCCCUCUUUGCCCUGGGCUUUGCCAUUUUCCUAUCUUGCUUAACCAUCCGCUCCUUCCAGCUGGUGGUCAUCUUCAAGUUGUCAGCCAAGAUGCCCACCCUCUACCAUUCCUGGGUGCAGCACCAUGGGCCCAAGAUCUUUGUGGUUAUGAGCUCAACUAUCCAGCUUCUCAUAUGUAUCAUGUGGCUGGUGGCUUGGACCCCCUGGCCCACCAAGGAGUAUAAGCAGUUCCCAGAGCUGGUGGUGCUGGAGUGUUCCAACAACAACUCUCCAGGUUAUGUGCUAAGCAUUCUCUACACCUGGCUACUCUCAGUUAGCUGUUUCGCCUGUAGCUAUGUGGGCAAGGAUCUUCCGGAAAACUACAACGAGGCCAAAUGCAUCACCUUCAGCCUACUCCUCUACUUUAUUUCCUGGAUUGGCCUCGCCACCACAAAUGGUAUCUACCGUGGCAAAUACAUGACAGCCAUCCAUGCUCUGGUCAUCAUGAGCAGUCUCGGUGGUGUUUUCAGUGGCUACUUCCUCCCCAAGUGCUACGUCAUCCUCUGCCGCCCAGACCUCAACACCACUGAGUAUUUCCAGGCCUCUAUCCAAGAUUACACACAGCGCUGCAGCUCCCCCUAAGUGUCUCAGCUUGGGAGGGGAAGGAAGGGGAGGAUGAAUGGUUGGAUGGAGGGAUGGGCAGGGUAGGGCUAGGUAGAGUUGGGGAAUAGGGUGAGGAAAAAUGUGAAGUCUCAACAGGACAUAUACUCUUCUUUCCUGAGGUUUGGUAGCUACGCUCACAGAAUCCGAGCUGAAGGGACCUCAGAGGCUGGUCCAAACUUUAGCUAACCAGGAAUCCUCCUCAUAACAGCCAAUGGAAGUCAGAAGGAAGCUCAAAAGCUAUAAAGUCCAAUCCGUAUAUAACCAAGAAUUGUCUCCUCAACAACUGAUUAUUUCAAUCUCUCUUUGAAGACAUCCAGUGAUAAAGAACUCACUAACUCCAGAGGCAGCCCAUUCUAAUUCUGAAUAGCUUUACUCCUUUGGAAGUUUUUCCUAACAUUAAGUUUAAAUCUGCCUAUCAACUUCCACCCAUUUUAGGAUUUUAGGAUUUAGAGCUGAAAGGGGUAGUGGAGCUCAUGUGUGGAAGGUGGUAUAGAGGGCUGAUAAAUAGAUUUAGAACUGGAGUAUUUGAGAUCAUCCAGUAGAAUGCCAUCAUUUUUAAAUGAGGAACCUGAGGCUGAGGAAUUAUUUGCCCAUGGUUACACAGAUACUCCAUAGCAGAGUAGGGAUUC